AUGGAGAGUUGGGAUGAAAGUCCCGAAGACCGAGCUUCUUACCGAGAUAGCGAUCAAUUCGAUGAAGACUCUUUAUCGGUUUGCUCUUGGUUUUCGGAGAAUGAGAUUAUCGGCGGACUGACUUGGAAAGGCUGGAAAAACAACAACAGUACUUUGUUAUCCCAUUCUGGUGAAUGUUGUGAGAUUCCAAAGCUUCUGGAUGUUGCUGCAAAGGUUGUUGCUGCAUGCCUCCCUUUUCAGGAUGUGGAAGAGUAUAAGCCUCCUGUGCCUGAGCAAGUGCAGAUGAAAGUUGCAUUUUGGUCAUUCCCACAAAAGGAGGAUGAUAUACGCUUGUAUUCAUGUAUUGCUCAUGGAAAAGCAGAUGAAUUCCAAAUUGCAGAACUAAUCUUAAAGCAGCAUCAAAUUAAAGAUGUGUUACAAAUAGGAUUUCACUUGACUGGAUUGGUGAUGUACAAGUUUAAAUCGGAUUUGUACAAGGUCUCCAUUACAUUUGACCGAUGCCAAAUUGUGACUAGCAUUUGUUCCUGCAAUCCAAAUGCCACUUGGUGCGCCCAUAUAAUAGCUCUAUGCUUGUUUAGAAUGCGCUUCCCAGAGCUUGUUUGUUUCAGAGCACCCAUUUCUGAAUCAUUGUCUAAAUUACAAAGAGACCAGCUACAAAAAUUUACACAAUAUUUGAUAUAUGAGCUGCCUUCCCAGGUUCUUCCAACUGCACAAAGACUUCUUGACGAGUUGCUGCUUUUUCCCUUGUCCAGAAUUAAUCAACUUAAUGGAGCUCCAGAUCCAACUGCAGGUGCUGGUUUCAUUGACAUGCCAAAAUGGCUUCUUGAUGUAGAAGCACUCAGGGAUAAUAUUCGGAAAAUUCUCUGCAAAUUCUAUGGGCCAUCUCCUGUUGCCUUUGUUGAUUUCAGUUCGACAUUUUUAUCAACUGCUGCACCUACAUCUUCCGUAGAAUGGAUGGGUCUUCUGCGCCCUUAUAUUUCCCGAGAGCCAGAGGGACUGUGGAAUCUACUUGACAUCAUCAAAGAUCUGUUUCAAGCUGGCGACCCAAAUAGUUCGGAAAUUUUGCAGAUAGUCACCGAGGAGUGUCUCAAUGUUCACCAGCUUUCUUUGUGGUGGUUUUCUAAUGGAGUCGAAGUGGAAAGCGGUGAUUGGAACUCUUGUCUUUCUCCCCAUGCACUGCAAAGUCAUACGGGAAGAAACGUAACUACCAUUCAGCUAGCGAAAAACGCUGGAGUUAGAUUGCUAGACGAAUGUGUCGAUUUGUGGAAAACAGCUUUGAUAAAUCCUGGUAUAUCUUUGUCUCAGAAGCAAAUCAUACGAACGAAAUUGGAAUUAUGGCAAAAGAGCAUCAUUGAGAAGGCAAAGAGGGCUGGCAAGUCUGCUUGUGCACGUGAAAACUUCACUGGUUUCCAGCCAGCAAUCGAUGUCACUGGAAAGAACUGGGAACUCUUUUUGGCAAAAUUUGGUGUUCAACUAGGUGAGGUCGCGUCCUUGGCUUCUGAAGCACCAUCGCAACAAACCUUAUUCGAAUCAGAAGAGCAAAACACACUUGGUAUCACAUUUGAGGAAAUUGAAGAUCUCUUUACCUGCAUUUACGCUUUGGAUGCCCUUGGGUUUACAUGUGCAAAGCGUCUAGCUGUUACCCUGGCUACAAAGCUGCUGUCCAUUUCUGUAUCUGAAUACCAACAUUUUUCAAUAGCUGUGAAGAGUUCAUUUCUUUGUCGUGUUUUGAAGGACUACAGUUGCCAACAUCUAGCCUUCAAACUGGCUUUGUUUGCACUUGCUUUUCCAAGAAAACCGGCCGUGACAAAGUCAGAAGAGGUGAAGCUUUUACAUUGCGAGUUAAACCUACGAUCUGCUUUGAUGUCGAUGACCAUUGGGAUAGAAGAAUUGGAACUUGUCAGAUCAUGUGCCUAUGAAGUCAGCAGUUUUGAAGCUAGGAACAGGCGACAAUCAAAGCCACAUUCGAAGCCACUCAUUUUCUCCAUAUAUGUACUAGAGGUAUUGACAGAAGCUGCGGUACAGUCUCGUCUUCUUAAGAGAUUUGAAACAAAGUUUUCUGAUGAUUGUAAACCUACUGAAAGAGAUAAAGAAAUAGGAUAUCAGUUCGCCAUUUCAUCGUUAGCGUGGGGCAGAAAUAUGGCUGAAAUGAAGCAUACAAUGCUCUGUGAAAGCAUGCGGCAGUUUCGAAAUGACUUGUCUUUAACCUUGUUGUGGCAUUAUCAAAACGACGUGGACAAAUUGGAUGAAAUACUGUCAUUCAUAUUCACCGAAACUGAUGGGAAAACCGAGGACUCUAGUAGCGACAGUCAAAAGCCUCAAGAGGCUGCCAUUCCCAAAGAGGAUGCCUCAGGCCAAAGGUUUUUAUUACUUGAAAAAAAUAGUGGCAUUUGUAAAACGAGAUCAGGAGGAUCAAACCAAAGUCAACCUGUCCAAACUUACGAAGUAAAUCAAUGCGAAAAUUGGGAUGCAGAAAUAAUUCUUGCUUCCAACAAAGUGGGUGACGAAACUUUGAUAGCUUUUUCAGAACCAAUUUGUGACAAUAUUAAGGAGAGAGAUGCAGAAUCACAAUCCUGUGGAUUCACCCUGGAGCAACAAGAGGUCGACAAAUUUCUCCAAAAGAACGUGGCAAUCAAGAACUCUGAAACCGAUUGCAAUGUCAACAAAAGCGUUAAGAUAGAAAAUUUUGAUCUUGGAGCAAACACGCAGAGCGUUCAUUCAAAAGGAGAAAUAAUUGAGAUGGCUAAGGACGCAUGUAAUUAUAUACCUAUUUCUGGAGAAGUUGAAGUCGACUUGAAAGAAUUUCAAACUGGUGUUUCUCCCUCUUGGUACCUUGAUGGCAAAAAUACUUGGGACCCUGCUUUAUCGUGGGCAGAAAGAUGUGAGUCGCAGGAAGAUUUUUUCUUGCCUAGUCUUGAUCUCGGUGAGGGAUCUACAGAAAACUCGACUCAUAGUAAAGGAAACAAGGUCAUUUAUGACUUUCACUUAGAGUGUGAUUCUUUUGCACUGUUCGAAUUGGCCAAAGAAUUACAUACCAAAGCCGUGGAUCGUAACGAUACUGGAUCUCUUGGAGCAAAUGCAGGCUUUGUCCCUGGACAAUGCAAAAGUUUGCAAAUAAUUUCAUUCAAACUGGCAAUUUUUUCGCUUCAACUUCAAAAUCGUACCUCUCCAAAGUGGCUUUCUAGAACAUAUUCACCACAUGUUGCUUGGAUUGCAGAUAAGUCAGUUGCAAUCGGGUUUCAAGCUCUGCAAAUUUUAAAUGAAAAAUGGGAAAAUACUCUAACCCCUACAGAAUCUCUCGGUAUAGCCUCCAGGACUUGGAGAGCUGGCGAUGCUUCCUGUAAACGUGCAGCUGCGGAACUAGCAGUUUCUUGCCUUCCUCAGGCUCACACACUAAACCCUGGUGAGAUCCAAGAAGCUAUUAAUCUGUGCAAAGAGCAAGAUUUUGGAAUGCUAGAGCGCGCCUGUGCUUCGAUUGAAACAGCCUCCGUUCAGGGUGGUAUUCAGCCUGAGAUUUUGUUUUAUGUUGCAAGGCAAUGGCAAGUUAUUCAUGAAAAUAUUUCACAAGAUAAAGACACCAAAAGAAAGUUUGGUCACGAAAAGGCAUACCUGUGUUCUUCAAGCACCCGUAUGAACACAGAGUCUCGCGAUUUUCUAUACGAGAACGGUCAGGCCGCUUCGAAGUCUGAUAAGGAAUCCCAGCAUGCCUCUUUCGUAAAACAGCGUAUCGAAAAAAUGUCUUCACUUGCGACUGCUUACAAAGGUUUGAAACUUGAGCCUUCUGCAUUCGAAGAGGAAAAACAUGAAGGCAGGUUUUCCGAUAAAACUGUUCGAACAGCGGAGCAACAUGUACAACGACAAAUGCAUCGAAUGGCUCAAGAGAUGAUGAAGCAAAGUUUUUUCCAGCAGAAAUCAGGGAAGGCUUCCAACGACUCUUCGAUUUUCUGGGCUAAUCGUCUUCAUGCCGGAAUGCAAAAUCAGCAUGAGAAUGCCCGAUCCCAUUCAAAAAGCAAUGUUUCUGCCGAAGCUCUUAAUAGCAGCCCAUUUUCUGGAGUGCGUUGGCCGAACAAUUUUGAAUCAUGCAGGAUCUGUACCAAAUUGAAUAAUGCUUUUCGCAUAGGCAUGAGAGCCUUGCAAGCUUUGGCAGGAAGAGGACUUGAAGAGCGUCCUGAUGUAAAAUUUGCUCCAUCGUCACCGUGCUCCGAUGACGUUCGUUGGCUAUGUGCCUUAGCUGCCUCUUUGGGACCUCCGUAUUUGAGAAGCUUCUGUGCAAAUGUCACACCAUCAGUUUGUAGCCCCUACCUUUUGCACGACCUUGCAUUGGAGGCAGCCCGUAAUUUUGCCAUUUACAGCCCAGCGCAACCAAGCUCGUCACAUUUACAGUCACCUGCUGUAUAUCCGAUUGUCCUGAAAUGUUUAGCUAUGUACACAGACCUGGUGAGACGCGAUCUAGUUCUCCUUAACCAAGCUGGCUAUCCCGACUUUGUGGAGUUGUUACGGCGUGUACGCAGUGCAUUCUGCAUGGCUCCUGGGGGCAUGACAAGAUUCAACGAACUACUGGAAAUGAUAAAAAAGAGUUUUCCAAAAAAAAGGGAUCUUUGGCAGCCUAUCAUGAACGGACUGUCCAGAGCAUGA